ACGACACCAACAGCGACCCAUUAACCCAAACUCAAAACCGAACCACCCAUCCUCCUCGCCAUCUGCAGUUCUCUGCGCACCCGAAUCCCCAACUCUUCCAACCUCUCCUUCCCGUUGCCAUUAGCGGCGCGCAGAUCCAUCGAUUCGAUCCCCGCCCCACCCAGGCCUCCGAUUCCGAUUGCGAGCAGAUCAGAUUUAUGCAGUCUUACUGCCGCGAGCGCCAGCCAUGCCGAGCGGCAGCAGCUUGGGGCGGAGCUUGAGCGAGGAGGGGCCGGGCGGCGCUGGGGUUGGGGCUCGGCGUCGGCAGCAAUGUCCGGGAUGUCCGACUCCGCGGGCGGCCGCGCGGGCGCGGAGCUGAUGGUGGAGCAGUUCCACCUCAAGGUUCUCCACGCCGUCCUCGCCGUGCGCGCGCCGCGCACGCUCGCCUCCGCCGUGCCGGCGGCGUCGUUCCGGCGGAGGGACAGGUGGUUCCACCUCCCGCUCCACGACCCCCCGCCACAGCCCGGGGCGGCCGAGCGCCUGGAGGCGCUGGCACCCGGGGAGCCGCUCGUGGUGGACGUCCACCUGGCCCCCGCCGGCGGCGGGGGAGUGGGAGGGGAGGUGGUGGAGAGGUGGACGGUGGCGUGCGAGCCCUGGCCGGACGCCGCGGGCGAGGGGCUGGCCGUGAACCGUUCGUACAAGCACUGCUUCACGCUGCUGAGGUCGGUGUACGCCGUGCUCCGCCUCCUCCCGGCGUACCGCGUAUUCCGCCUCCUCUGCGCGAACCAGUCGUACAACUACGAGAUGGGCCACCGCGUCGGCUCCUUCGCGGAGCCCUUCUCCCGCGCCGAGGAGUCCGCCAUGCGCUCCCACCGCUUCGUUCCCGUCGAGACCCAGCUCGGCCGCCUCGUCGUCUCCGUCCAGUACCUCCCCAGCCUCGCCGCCUUCAACCUCGAGAUCACCUCUCUCUCCCCCUCCAUGAUAAUCCCCGACUACGUGGGCAGCCCAGUCGCCGAGCCCAUGCGCGCCUUCCCGGCUUCGCUCACAGAAGCCAUGGGCUCCGCCUUCCGGCCGUCCUAUCAGCAGCAGCGCCCGCACAGCUGGGCUCCACCUGCGCUCUGGCCGCACGCGCUGCUGCAGCAGGCCAAGUUCUCGCCGCCACCAGUGCUUUACGCGUCGCCGACGCCCUCACCUCCGAACUUCCCUUGUGGGUACCCACAAUCACGUUUGAUGAGAGGAGUUUCUGCGCCAAUGAGCAUACCGCAGAUGGGCGAGAGGAGCCCUGUGCACCGACAGAAUACGCUGGACCCCAGUAGAGGGUUCAUGCUGCCACCGCCGUCCCCGAGGAGAGUCGGAGAGACAGGGCCAGUAGGUGCACAAGAGUCUCCAUCGGAGAGCAGCUGGUUGAUUGGGCGGAUGGAAGGACUUCGAAUGGCAGAUCCUUAUGCAAGCUCGUCGCCAAGACACAAGGGCAAGGACAGUAAAGAUGAAUCUGGGAGAUUCUCUGCACUCUCCUCAUGUGAUUCUCCUCGGCAAGAUGAUCUGGACGACAUAGAUUAUCCUUUUGUUGUGGAUGAUGUUGAUACCCCAGUCUCCCAACCUGGGAGCAGUGAUGGAAAGGAAGUGGGAGAUCGGGCAGGUUCAUCAUCCCAUAAAUCUCAAGAUGCACAAGUUGGUUCUCUAGUCAACCUGCUGAGAAAUGCACGUCCGCUGCGAGAUCCUAGCUAUUCAUCACAGACAUCAAGGGCCGAGUCCAGUGAAGUGGCCCCAACAAGCUCUGUCAUGUCUCGUAGGACAUCUGAUGCACUUGAGGAGCUCCAGUCCUUCAAAGAGAUAAGGGAGAGACUGCUGUCCCGGAGUAGUGCAAAACAUCAGGAGCCACCGGAAAAACCGUAGCACCACCAUUCGUUCCUCGUUUCCCUGAACGUUACCCUGAAGAUCCCGUCCACAAAACAAGCUACUCCCGAUAUUUUGUUGAGGUGUUUAUGUAUAUAUGACUGAUGAAAUUGAUGUCUUUAGUUGGAGAGAAUGCACCAGCUUCAAUUUGUUUCAGCGAGAGAAUCACUCGUCAUUCUUAGGCCCUACAAGGGUUGUGAGGCUCCGCUGUUUAUACUCUUUUGUGUCCAUGGAAAGUGAGGCCAAUACUCGUAGGUGGGAGCCUGUGAUGAAACGUAGUGCUCUAGUGUGUGCGUUGUAAAUUAUGUAACUGUUCGGGACUAAGUGUUCAUCAAAUAUGAAUCUUUAAAUCA